AUGGUUUCAAUAGGAAGUGCUCGAGUGCAGCUUAGCCCGCUUUACAGAGGACACGGUCUGGGAAAGGCCACUGCCUCCAGCUGGUUUUGCAACAUAUAUUUGAGGCCCGCCCCCAAAACUAAAUUGGAAGCGGCAAGCAAACGCGCGGUGACUCAACACAGUCAGGUGCCGGCUCCUGAACGGAUUCGAGGGUGGGAAGAAUGUGUCUUUCGAGAAACGUCCUUCUUCUUAGGGCUUCUAUUCCUGCUAAGUCCUCUGCAUACACCUGAAAGGGGUACCUCCCUCCCCACGGAAGCUUUGCUUUCUGCUGCGAAGGCGCAGCAGAAAGAUGCUCCAGCCCGGGCGGAAGGCCUAGGAGAACGCCCCUUCGCGUACGGCGGCCCUUCAGGCAACAACUGCCCAGGGGACGACGCCGAGGUGAUGAAACGCUCAUGGACGGCCCCGGAUUAUACGACCCCUAAUCCAAAUCUAGAAAUUAAUUGCCUUCCUAAUGAGACUACAGGGGCGCAGGACGCGCCGCAGCGAGCAGCAAAAGCAGCAACAAAAGCAGCAACAAAAGCAGCAACAACAGCAGCGGCAGCGGUGCAUUCGCCCCUCGUUCCUGCCCUCACUUGGCGUCAUGCCAAAAAAAACAGAUCCUGGAGCUCACCAGCGGCAACAGAAGCUACUGAGUCUGCUGCUGCCGCUGAUUAUCCAUAUCAAGGGCGCCUUUGCAUUUCUCCUGCUGCGUUCCCUCUGAUGAAAGCGGCGGCAGCAGCGGCAGCCGCAGCUGCGGACGAAGCAAGAACUACAAGAGGCAAUUCAGCUGAUGAUGCAGACACUGCCCUGCCAUCUCCCACAGCGGAAACAGCCGCUGCAGUAGGCUCAGCGCUAGCAGACGCAGCGGCAGCAACUGCAAGGACAGUAAAUAUCGCACAGGCAGCAGCAGCAAAAGCUGCAUCAGAGAAGGCGUCUGCUUUCGCUUUUUUUGCGGCAGCAGAAGGGGCGAGAGCUAAAGGAGCAACACUCAAAGCAGAAGUAGCCGCGGCUGCCUCUGCGCAUGCAGUAGCUGUUGGUGGCAAAGUAUUUCCUGCUGCGGGAGCUGUUGCUGGUGCUGCGAAAGCUGCGGAAGAGUUGGAAGCAGCAGCAGCUGCCACUUUGGCAACAGUCCGCAGUGUAGCGGACGAGGCGGUUGCAGCAGAGGUAGGUAAAACACACGACGCUGCACUAGGUGUCACUGCAGCAGCAGAUGCGGCCUCUGCCGCCAUUCUCGAUGACACAGAGGAGCUAGCGAGACUAACCAAAACAGCAGUAGCAACUCCUUCAGCGGCAUGUGCAGCUCCCGCAGACGGAGGCGUGGUGGGAGCCACUCCAGGAGGGCUUCUAGCGGCAUCACAAGAGAAAGCGCAGCCGGAAGCAGCAACCUCCUUAGCGGAAAUAGCAGUACCACCACCAAGAGAGUCCACAGCUGCAAUGGCAGCCACGGAGGUCGAUGAGAGCAGAAUGAGCAGCAGUCUCAUUGUUCUGCCGGCGCCUUUUGACUGGAAUUUCAGCUACGAAGAAGGGGAAGCAGCAACUUCUGCCGCAGCGGCAGAUGCGGCAAGUAGUACACCCUUGCCGUCUGAAUGGCUUGCCAUCCGCGUGCAGCUGCGCGGAAGCUACACGCCGCUUUCUUCCGACAGCAGCUGCUGCAGCAGUUCCACGCCCACUCCUGACUCGAGAUGCGGCUCAAGCGGAAGUCUCGUAGAUGCUUUUUCUGCAGCCUCCGCAGUGGUGGCAUCAGCAGCAGCUGCCGCCGAGUGGCUCCCGCUACCUCCGCAGUGUUACAUAGACGCUUGGAUGCAGCCCACAGCCACGGAGGGUUUGCCCGUGCUGUUGCUGUCAUCUCAGCGGCAGGCCGCUUCGCAGCAGCUCCCUCCGCGUAUCGCUGCGGCAGCGGCUGCCUCCCAAGAGGCAAGAGCCGCCGCUGCACCUGGGCAGGGAGAGCAUGCCCUCGCUGCUUCCCUCACAGCUGAGGGGGAAAGAAUCGUCGCAGAAGCGGCGCAUGCAUCGCCUGUGGGGGACCUGGUGCUGCCCCCUGUGAGGCGGUGCCUCGGCGAAAUACGAAAGGGCAGCGAUGCAGAGUCUUUGAGCGCUAGUACUUCACCUUCCGCGGCAACAGCAACAGCUGGUGCAGGCAGUAGGGAGUGGGUUGAAGAGCAACACAGUUGCUGUAGUGGUUGGCGAAGCCUCGGUCGUGUUGCUGCUCCCGUCGCCUUGGAUGAGGUUGGUGUAUAUCUCUUGCAGCGCUGCUGGUGCGCUGCCGCGGCUGCUGCUCCGUCUAAUGAAUGCAGUGCCUAG